AGCAACUUUUGGCAGCAGUAGGGCAUUCAGCUGAGUAAUUUGAGAUGAGCAGGAAGUUCUCCAUUGGAAAUAUCUGCUCAGCAGCAAAGAAGCCAGACACCCUUCCGUUUGUGGCUGCACUGACUUCACUUCUGUAGACACAGGAAUGUGAAAUGCUGAACCAUUUUGUGUGAAUUUACUCUCAGUGUAUUCCAACCAGCCCAGUACUUUUUUGUUCAAGAAAUCUGCGUCACUAAUUCAGUUUGCCAGCAGACUUGCCGAGUGCCAGGAAUGCUAACCUGGUGUGGAUGGUGGACUAUCCUCAUGGCAUGUGCAAUGGCAGAGUACUGUUUGAUGGCUCUAGCUCACUCUGGAGCCGAACCAGCGGCAAAUCGGCUUCCUUCUCUGCAUCGCGUCAAGAGGAAAUGGGUGUGGAAUCAGUUCUUUGUAUUGGAAGAGCACCUAGAAACGGAGCCACUCUACGUUGGCAAGCUCCAUUCUGAUUCGGACAACGGGAAUGGUUCUCUGAGGUAUAACCUGACGGGUGAUGGAGCUGGCACAAUUUUCACCAUAGAUGAAGAUAAUGGAGACAUUUUCCUCCUAAAGAAGCUGGAUCGAGAGGAGAAGCCAUUUUACAUCUUACGGGCGCAAGUGGUUGACAGAGCCACUAACCAACACAUAGAACCAGAGUCCGAGUUCCUUAUUAAGGUCCAGGACAUCAAUGACAAUGAACCGCAGUUUCUGGAUGAGCCGUAUGUUGCCACAGUUCCCGAGAGGUCACCUGAUGGAACCUUCGUUACCCAAGUGACAGCGACAGAUGCAGAUGACCCCUCCUAUGGGAGCCAUGCCAGGAUAGUCUACUAUAUCCUGCAGGGACAACCAUAUUUUUUGGUGGAGCCAACAACAGGAGUUAUCCGAGUUGCUUCGCCUAAUACAGACAGAGAGGCUGAAGAACAGCACGUGGUUAUCAUUGAGGCUAAAGAUAUGGCCGGGUUAAAGGGAGGUCUCUCUGUGACAACCACUGUGACCAUUACCCUGUCUGAUGUUAAUGACAACAGACCGAAAUUCCAGCACAAACUGUAUCACUUUUCUGUUCUGGAAUCAGGCAGCAUUGGAUCGACUAUUGGGAGGGUAAUGGCAACUGAUGUCGAUAUUGGACAAAAUGCAGAAAUGGACUACAUGGUUGAAGCUGGCGAUGGCUCAGAUUCAUUUGCUGUAUUUACAGAUGAUAAGACCCAGGAAGGUGUCAUCAAGUUAAAGAAGCCUUUGGACUACGAGAGCAAGGGGAGAUUUAGCAUCAGAGUGGUAGCGCUCAAUAAACACAUUGAUCCCAGACUCCUCAACCUCGGACCAUUUAAAGAUGCCACAAAUGUCAAAAUCAAUGUGCUCGAUGUUGAUGAGCCACCAGCCUUUGUCUCUCCUGAAUAUAUUUUCAAGAUCCAAGAAAACAGAGAAGCUGGUGGCUUUGUCGGGGAGGUGACAGCAAGGGACCCAGAUGCAGCAAACAAUUCAAUCAGGUAUUCCAUUGAUCAUCACAGUGACAGAACCUUUAACAUUGAUGCAAAGAAUGGAACCAUAACCGCAACUCAACCCCUUGACCGCGAGGAGGUCCCUUGGUACAAUUUAACCAUCUCAGCAUCAGAAGCAAGUAACGUUCAGAAAGUGACUUCAGUCUCCGUGCAUAUCCAGGUUCUCGAUGUCAACGAUCAUCCUCCAGAAUUCCCGGCUCCAUACAAAACAUUUGUCUGUGAAAACGCAAAGCAUGGGCAGCUGAUUCAAACCAUCAGCGCAGUAGAUAAGGAUGAGCCAUCGGAGAGACAGCACUUUUAUUUCACCCUGGCACCAGAUGCUGCCAGUAAUCCCAAUUUUACUGUCAGAGAUCAUCAAGACAAUACAGCUGCCAUCCUGACUCAGAGAGCUGGUUAUCGUCGAGGCGAGCUGGCCAUUCACUUCUUGCCCAUCCUGAUAGUAGACAAUGGGACUCCAUCGCUAAGCAGUACCAAUACCCUCACUAUCCGAGUCUGCAGGUGCAGCAACAAUGGAGCUGGCCAACUAUGCAACGCUGAUGCUUUCUUUUUGCCUGCUGGCCUCAGUACCGGUGCUUUCAUUGCCAUCCUCGUCUGUGCCUUGAUGAUCCUGGCACUCGUGUUCCUCCUGCUGGUACUCAGGCGGCACAGGAAAGACCUGCACUCUGCCGGCGAGUGUGACGACAUCCGUGAAAACAUGGUCAGGUACGACGAUGAAGGGGGCGGUGAAGAGGACACGGAAGCGUUCAGCAUGGCCACCUUGAGGAACUCGCGGGUCCGGCGCGGCCGCCGAGCAAGGAGAGAUGUGAAGUCUGACAUCCCGUCAGCGUACAGGCAGUCACUCCGUGGGAUGCCAGAUCAAGCAGUUUUCCGAGAGUUUGUCAGGGAGAGGCUGAAUGAAGCUGACUCUGAUCCCUCGGCUCUGCCUUUCGAUUCUUUGCAAACAUACGCAUUUGAGGGGACUGGCUCUGUUGCUGAGUCAUUGAGUUCUUUGGUUUCCUCCUGCACAGGCUCAGAUGAAAAUUACGAUUACCUCAGUGACUGGGGACUAUGCUUCGGAACAUUGGCAGAUCUGUACGGGGAUAAUGGAAAUCACCUGGCUACAUGAAACAAGCAAAGAAGAAGAACAUUGAAAUUUCAUGGCUAGGAAUAUUCUCCCGAUUUUGCAAUUCUAACGUCAAGCCUCCCUCCUCUGCAAGUCUGUAUUGAACAUUCUGCCACCACAGUUUCUCUGAUCCCUUCUUUCAAAUACCAGAAAAUUAUUUGCAGUGCACCUGCACUUCCGAGAUGCUUGCACAUCCAUUAGAACCCCUAUAUCCAAAAGUUACCUGUAGUCAGGUUGCUUGCUCCUAGAACUCUUUAUCUUGCUUGGAAGAUGGUCUAAAACCUCUUCAGGAAUCAACCGAGUAGGGUGUGAGCUUCAACUGGAAUCUGUUGAGCAGAUCCUCAUCUUCCCAAUUCAUUUCCAUUCCAUGAUCUGGUCCAGAUUUUAGGACUUCUGUUACUAAAGGAACAAAGAAAUGAAGUAUUUGUCAUGCUGCCCAGGACAAUCACGAAUGUCACAGGUUCUCUAAUGAUCUUUAUUAAGGGUUAUGGUGAAUAGGUGGGUAAGUGGAGCUGAGUCUCAAAGAUCAGCCAUGAUCUUAUUGAAUGGUGGGGCAGGCUCGAGGGACCAGAUGGCCUACACCUGCUACCAGUGCUUAUGAUAUGUCCUUUAGGGAAGAAAACUGCCAUCCUUACCUGGUCUGGCCUACAUGUGACUCCAGGCUGACAGCAAUGUGGUUGACCCUUAACUGCCCUCUGGGCAAUUAGGGAUGGGCAAUAAAUGCUACCUGGCCAGCAACACCCUCGACCAAUGAAUGAAUAAAGAAAAAAAAUCAUGGAAUUGAUCAACAUGAAUUCAAGUGUACAAAUAAGACUAGCCUAGGAUCACCCUCCAAAUGUAUUCAUUUUGUACAAAGUUCAUAAGCGUGGUCUUUAGUCUGGGGGUGGUGCAGGUGUGGACCAGUUAUCGCAUUAGCCUGGGAAGUUGUGCAUUAAACAUUCACCCUUGAGCACAUGAUUCAGACGAGCACCUCAGUGCAGCAUUGUGGAAAUGCUGCAUUGGCAGAGAUGCUGUCUUUCUGAUGAGAUUCUCCUACACAAAUGCCACAGAUGUUCCUCUAUCCCAUCCUUGAUGCUCCUUCGAGCAGAUUAUUUGGUCACUGCUGUUUGUGGGAUCUUCCUGUUCAUGGCUUAUCUGUGACCAACAUUACAAUGGUGACAACAGGUCAGAAAUUAUUUAAUUGGCUGCAAUAAGCAAAGGCCAUCCUGAGGUCAUGAAGAGCAAGUUCUUUCUCACAGUUUGGAAGUUAUUGUUUGUGAUUGGCUCUGUGUUAUCAUUAAGAGCACUCAAUAUCAAAUUCUCUAAAGUAUAAAUGUGCUACUGGCUUUGUUUUAACAGCUGAGGGAGAAAAAAAGACAGGCUCAUUCGCCUUUUUCUGCUGCAUCAAGAGCAGUAGUUUCAAGCCUUUGAUACAAGUUCCAUUGUGAAAUAUUCCUUUUGUUUUCAAAUUCUUUGGAAAACUAGACUGGACAUCUGUGGCUGACAAUCUCUCAUUGUGAUGGUCAACAGUAUUUUUGUGUUGCAUUUUAUGUAAAGAAUAGCAGAGGAAGUUUAUGACUCAUGGUUAUGAUUAUGACAUUUUUAAUUCUCUUGCUUUCGUACUUCACAUGUUCAGAGAACACUUGGGCUUAUUCAGGAGAAAGAUGCUGGGAAACUAAAUGCUUGCUAUUUUUGUCACAGAGUGUAUGCAUCAAGUGUCAUUAGCUCACUCCAGAACAAAACUUACUCCAAUUUAACCCAAUCGCUAAAGAUUGCUGCUUCACUGUAACAUUAACAUUUCAGUUUGAUUACUAACAUAUGGGAUGGCUUUGUGAUUUGUCAAUGCCUGGCUAGGAAGUAGCAUUGAUGCCAUGCAAGAUCAUUUAAAAUAUGACCCUGACACUUAGCAAAAAUAGAAAUACCCAACUCAUUGUCCUGAGUGUGAAUUAUCAAAUUCCCUUCUCUUCCUCUUUGCGGGAUUUGGUUAGUUCAGUUGGCUGGAUGGCUGGUUUGCAAUGCUGCAUAAUGCCGUCAUUGCAGGUUUAACCUCAGCCAGUGCAGGAGUUACUGUGAAGGUCCCACCUUCUCAACCUUAGCCCACGGCUGAGGUAGAGUGACCUUCACGUUAAAUUCACUGUUAGUUGAGGGAGUGGGACUAUGUCUUUACAUUUAGUUCUUUUUGUCGAUAUUUUAAUUUUGAGUUCUGCCUUAACAGUUUCUUCAAACAAUGGACACCAUCUACCCCCAUUUAUCAUAGAAAGAGACCAGGUGGGUUUUUGAACUUCUACCUGGCUUUCUUCUGCCCUGAUUCUAUCUAUAGUAUAUUAUAUUCACCUCUUCCUUUCUCACCCCAGGUUUUCUUAUUUUAUAUUCACUCAUGUAAUAUGGCUGUCACUAGCUGAGCCAGCACUUAUUGAGCAUCCCUAAUUGCCCAGAGGUAGGGUUAAGAGUCAACCACAUUGCUGUGGGGUCUGGAGCCACAUGUAGGCCAGGCCUGGUAAGAAUGGCAGCUUCCUUCCCUAAAGAACCUGAGAUGAGUUUUUCCUGACAAUUAACAAUGGUUUCCUGGUCAUCACAGCCAUCAUUAGACUCUUAAUUCCACAUAUUUUUUCAAUAUUGAAUUCAAAUACCACCAUCUGCAAUGGCAGAAUUUGAACUCAAGUCCCCAGAACAUUAGCUGAGAUUCUGGAUUAAUAGUCUAGCAAUAACACCAGUCGGCCGUUGCCUCUCCUUCGCUUUUCCAUUACGUCAUUCACUUCAAUCAGGACAUGUUUUAUUUGUAUCACACACUUGGGAACUAAAUCUUUUCUGAAUUCAGUACUGGAUUAUCAAUGAUUACCACCGCUCGUUUUGGAUUCUUUUAUAAAUGGGAACAUUUUCUCAGCCUCUUUUGCUGUUAGUACCGCCCUUCAUUUUUGUGAAGAGCUUGUGUUACUCCUCUGCAAUAAUGAGAAAAAAAAAUCCUUGGCUCAUUUUGGAGGAAUUAUAGAUUGACAGACUAAUUUAGGGAUAAAAGGAAGACCAUUCUGUCUAUUGAGUUUAGGCUAGCUCUCAUUGGAGCGAUCCAGCCCAUUGUCUGCAUCCAUCCCCUUGGUCCUGUCAGUUUAUUUGCUCCAUGUACCCAUCCAAAGCUUUGAUGAAACUCUGGUGCGAGGCAAGCUCCAUUGCUGAGUCCAGUAACUUUCCACUUCACAUUUCGUCUACAUCUUUAGCCCAAUCCUUAUAUCUAUGUUCUGUUCACUUUUGCACCAUCAAGUUUAAAAGAAAAAUGUUUCCUUGCCUUGGAAAACUGUAUUAAAUUCCCCCUCAGUUUACCCCAAGGAAAACUGCCCCAGCAUCUCCAAACAAAUUUAAUAGACAAGCUGUCCCAAGACUCUAAAAGAAGUAUUACUAAGAUAAUGAUAAUGAGUAGGAGAGGUGACAUAAAUCACUGGAAAAGAUAAGGGAUUUUCAGGGUGCAAGAAAGGUAGCAGAGAGCUUGCGAUGUUGAUUAGAUAAAGAUUGAUUUCUUUUAAGAAUAAUAAUUCAUACAUAAACAAUUUUUUUAUGUAAACUGUUGAGAUCAAUGGAUCUCUCUGUGAAUCUGGUAGAAAAUGGAUGAAACCUGCACAGCUAUCGAGAAGCCGAGGUGACCACAAACUCACCAGUACCUCCCAGAUCCUGUCCACUAUCCACAAGGCCCAAGUCAGGAAUGUGAUGGGAUACUCCCCGUUUGCCUGGGUGCAGCUCCAACAACACUCAGGAAGCUUAACACCAUCUAGGAGAAAGGAAAUUGGUUGGCACCUCAUCCACCAACUUAAAGCAUCGCUGGAAUUCUAGCAAGUAUGAGAGACGCUGUUAUAUAUGUCCUAGCUCGUUGAAAGAGCUAUGUUCAAUUAUUCCUACUCAGAAUCACACAAUCACACACUUGUUACACUGCUCAACAUGUCUUUUAGCCUAUCAUUCCUGUACUCGUACUUCAGGUGAGCACCAUUACUUUGUGUCAAAUUCCUGUUUGUUUUCCCACACUCUUGCUCACCAUUUCUAUCCAAACGAUCAUCCAAUGUCCAUCCUGAAUGCUUCAGUUAAACCUGCUUCCACCACAUUUUCAGGCAGUGCAUUCCAUAGCCUAACUACUCCAAGUAAAAAAAAGUUCUUUUCACAACAGAUUUGCACUUCUUGCACAUCAUUUUAAAUCUAUUCCCUCCCCUUCUUUCUCCUUUUCAAGUGAAAACAUUUUCUCCCCUUCCACUCUACCUAGGUUUCUCAUAAUUUUGAUAACCUCUAUUAGGCCUUCUUCAGUCCCAAAUUCUUCAAUCUUUCUUCAUAACUGAAGUUUCUCAUUCCUGGAACCAUUCUUGUAAAUUGCUUCUGCACUUUUUCAAGUAUGUUCACAUCUUUCCUUUAAUGUCAUAUCUGCAACUAUACACAGUGCUAUAUUUGUGCACAGAUAUACUCAGGUCCUGCACUACCUUUACAUUGGUGUCCUUUAUUUAAAUUGUCUUUCAAUGUCCUUCCCACCAAAGUGCACAUUCUCUGCAUUGAAGCACAUCUGCCACUUAUCUGCCCACUCCACCCAACUUGCCAAUGCUCUAUUAGGAUUCUACAUUGUUCUCCACACAGUUUACAAUUCUAAGUAUCGUGUGUCACCUGAGAACUUUGGAAGUAUCACACAAGGGGUGGCGUGGUGGCUCAGUGGUCAGCACUGUUACCUCACAGCGCCAGGGACCUGGGUUCAGUUCUAAACUCAGGCGACUAUCUGUGUGGAGUUUACACGUUCUCCCUAUGUUUGUGUGGGUUUCCUCAGCAUGCUCCACUUUCCUCCCACGAUCCAGAGAUGUGCAGGUUAGGUGGGUUGGCCGUGCUAAAUCUCCCAUAGUGUUCAGGGAUGUGUGGUUUAGCCAUGCAAAGUAUAGGGGACAGGAGGGAAUCUGAGUGAGAUGCUCUUCAGAGGGUCAGUGUGGACUUGAUAAGGCUGAAUGGCCUGCUUCCACACUGUAGGGAUUCUAUAUCCUCCUCAUACCAAGAUGUAGAUCAUUUAUAUGUAUAUACAUAUGACAUUGUUUUAUUCCUAAUUCUCUCCAUCCCCUGUCUUUUUGACAAUUCCAUGGGACUUAUAUGCUCUGGCCUCUGAUCUUCCCAUCAAGUUACUGUGCUGAGGGUGCUGGUGGUUAGUAAUCUCAGAAAACAAACAUUUGGUUGCUUUGUGCAUCAUUUCUACAGCUUCCAUUUUAACUAAGUCAUUGAUAUAUUUGAAAUAAUGGAUUCACAUCUUUGUCAAAUAGAGUUGACCACUGCAUAUGAAGGUUCUUAGUGUCAGUAUGCUAAUAUUGUACUAAAUGUUCUCUAAUUUAUAUGUAUACAUCUUUCUCCUCAUGACACUGGACACUAUUGGUAGUCUAAAAACUUACUCUGAGGGCAAGAAGGAUAUCUGAACAUUGUGUCAAAUGGCUUCCUCUGAAUUUGAUGAUUGGUGUUGUGAGGAAUCAGUAUGCAUUUGAAUGCAGCACUUUAGCUGACAGUGAUGAUGGGAACUGCAGAUGCUGGAGAAUCCAUGAUAACAAA